AAGAUUUUGAGCGUAUUGUGGGCGGGACUUUGGGUUGCCAUGGUGGUGACGCGGUCAUGGUAACGCCGCGACGCUUCCCAAACCGGAAGUGACCCUUAGCUCGCGGCAGGCAAGCGAGUUCUGCAGCGAAACGUUAAUGGAGUUAUGAUUGAAUUGUUUGUAAUUAUAAAUACACGUCAUAAUUUUAGAUCAGAGCAGAUUUAUUUUUAUCUCCUCACCGCGCGACUCAUUCUACAGCAAACACGACCAGGUCCGGACGAGGUUCUGCACUUGAGUUAGCAUGCAUGCUUGCAGCGUUUAGCUAAGCCUCAGAGCUCGUGCUGUAUUUAGGAGAAUCAUGGGGCUUUAUGAGGUGUAUUCUCACCCGGUUCUAACCCGGUAUAAAGCCAGUGUGUGUUCCCGGGCCAGUGUGUUUGUCCUGGUGGUGUAUCUGCUCACAUACAUCUCUCCUCUCCUCAUCACCUACAGGAGCCAAGGGUUCUGGUUGAAGCAGAGCUCGUAUGAAGAGCAGCCUCAGGUACGGUUUCAGUAUGAGAUGUUGAUGAUCGGGGUGACGGAUGUCAGUGGAGAUUAUGUGGCAUGGAGCACCUUCUCCAACUUCAACAACCUGCUGGGGGACAAACUGCGCAUUCCUACUGUUUCUGUACGAGAGAGUGACAGGAAUGGUGAUGGAAAACCAGACCGUCUGUCUCUUCAGCUGUCUGUCCCUCUGAGCAGCAAAGAGCAGAUCUACAGCAUCCAACUACUGCUCACCUUCUCCUACCAGCUCAGUAGGAUGUCGGUGGUGGUGAUGCAGACGAUGGUGCUGCUCCAGUCCUUGUCUCCUGUUCCUGUGUCUCAGCUCUUCAUCAGUGGAGAUCUGAAGCUGCAGCAGAAGGAGCCGCUCUCUCACCGCGGUGUUCACACUGAUUAUAACGUUUCUGUGAUUGACUCAGAGAGUCCUUUUGCCAGCACCUAUGACCUUACCACCAUCAUCCGGAACUACCAGGAGAGAAACUUAACCACCUAUCUGUCAUGUCCUGUCCCUGUCUGGACGGUGGGUCGAGCAGCGAGCGCUCCAUUUCAGAUUAACGCAGAAAUUCGUUACCCUGUGUGUGUGUGUGUUACGUAUCGGCCGGGGUUCUGGGAGACGGUGAAGUUUGCCUGGGUUCAGUAUGUCAGCGUGUUGCUCAUCUUCCUCUGGAUCUUCCAACGCGUCCAAACCUUUGUUUUCCACAACCGUGUCCUGCCCACUGUCCCUGUCUCACUGCACAAAUCUCACUCCUCCUGACCUGUGUGUGUGUGUGUGUGUGUGUGUGUGUGUGUGUGUGUGUGUGUGUGUGUGUGUGUGUGUGUAUAGUUUUACAUUAGGAAAAAGCAUCCCUGUAGGUUUAUAUGUAAACGUGUGUAUAAUUAUUUUGUACUUCCGAGAAUAAACGCUUGUUUAGAGC